UUGUAAUUUAAUUUGAUAAUAAAGAAGUAAAAUUGCAAUUAAUAUUUUAAUAUUUGGAUGGAGAUGGAGAAAAAUGAGGAAGGCUAUAUGUAUAAAAAGAAAAACCCUUGGACCGUUGGAUGGACACCGGAGUUUUGUUGAUUAUUUGAUACGAUACUCUCUCACGCACAAUUGCAUAUAUGUAUUCCUGCCCCCAACCCAUAAAGGACGGGGGGCAGUGGCUAAAUCUUAGCUUGCUGCUACGCACUCACGCCUUUUUUUCGUGUCUCUAUUAGGCUUAGGCUCAUCAAUUUUCACAUCGCACAUUCCAAUCAACCCGGCCCUCAUAUAUGAGAAUGGAGUCCAUCCGACCCAGCACUACUCCAGCUCCGAACAGUAGGACCCUUCUGGCCAGGACUUUUCGCAAGCUCGUUCACCUCAAGACUUCUUCUUCCUCUUCUAAGAAUGCGUUUUGCCUUCUCAUUCCCCAAGAAAAGUUCAAGUGCUGUGAGUUGUUGGGCACAGAGGAAUGCAGAGAGAGUUCAAGAAACAAGGCAGUGCUGGAGGCCUUGGUUGCCAAGCUCUUCGCCACCAUUUCUUCUCUCAAGGCAGCUUAUGCUGAGCUCCAGCUCUCUCAGUUCCCCAAUUACAACCAUGACGCCGUUCAGGCUGCAGAUCAAGCUGUGGUUGGUGAGCUCAAGCUCCUCUCUGACCUCAAGCAUGGGUACCUCAACAACCUGCAGGCCGGUUCUUCCCCACCCCAUGUCACCCUCAUGCUUUCUGAGAUUCAAGAGCAGCAGUGUGUGAUGAAGACGUAUGAGAUCACUAUGAAGAAAAUGCAAGGGGAGAUCGAGAGGAAGGAGGGUCUGGUUUCCUCGAUCCGGAAGGACCUCCACAGGAUUUCUGCGGGCAACAAGUCGCUGGACAGGAUGCUGAGUGUCAGUGGGAGUUCUUCCAUUCUUGACGCCGUCAAGUUCUCUGAUUCGGUGAGUCCAAAAGAUUUCGUCACGGUGCUCCACUACGCCAUGAGAUCUGUCAGGAAUUUCGUCAAACACUUAAUCCGCGACAUGGAGAGGGCCAGCUGGGACAUUGACGCAGCAGCGGCUGCUAUUCACAGCGGGGUAUCGUUCGGGAACAAGAGCCACAGAGCUUUCGCCUUCGAAUCUUUCAUUUGCAGAGAGAUGUUCGACGGGUUUGACGUCCCUUGCUUUUCCGCGGGGGCGGGGCAGCGCCAGCAGGGGGAGUUCUUCUUUGAUCAGUUCAAGAAGCUGAAGCAGGACAACCAUUAUCCUCCCUCUUAUUCUCCUUUCGGGAAGUUCUUGAAGACCAAAUACCUGCGCCUGGUUCAUCCGAAGAUGGAGUUUUCAUUUUCGGGAAACCUGGCUCAACGGAAAAUGGUGAACGCCGGGGAGUUCCCGGACACGGAUUUCUUCAAGGCAUUUGCGGAGAUGGGUAGGAGAAUUUGGCUCUUGCAUUGCCUCGCUUUCUCCUGCGGUCAUGAACAGCAAGUCAGCAUUUUCCAGGUGCGGAGGAGGGCUAGAUUCUCAGAGGUGUACAUGGAGAGCGUGACGGGGGGCGAAAUUUGCUCCGGGGUGGCGGCGUUCACGGUUGUCCCCGGGUUCCAUGUCGGGAGGACUGUGGUUCAAAGCCAGGUAUACCUCUGCCCACUCCGCCCACCGCGCGCCGCACGCUAUGUGUAAUGUGUAUAGUCCCGCCGCCGCCUCCACCGCCGGCAAUACUUUUCUUCUACCGACCUUGUAAAUUGCUGCUAUGCAAUGCCAUUAUUGCCAUGGAAUGGUAGAUCGACAAGAAAAACGUACAGUAUUUAUUACUUUUAUGAGCUAUGUAUUACUCUCUAUCAUCUCGGUUUCUCAUGUAAAAUAGCCGUUUGGUACGGAGGCGCGUCGACGGAUAGUUGACGGUCAAACCAUUUUCACCCGUCACUUUCUCUGUUCAUGUUCAAAUGGUAAAAUGUGACAACGAUAAUUUGAUAAUGGGGUGUUUAUUUGCUUCU